UUGGCGCAAUCCGGAGAUUCUCUCCGCCGUCGUCAUGUCGCCGUCCGGCGAAUCGACGAACGGUUCUCGUUGCUCAUCAUGCAUCUCCGGUGACAUAUAUGGCGACGAUUUCCGUAAAUCGGAUGAGUUUACAUGCAUACAAUGCAAAAAUUCCGAUUCGAAAUCGAAAUCGAAAUCGGUUAAUGAUUCAGAGAAGCUUCGAAGAAUCAUCGUCGCUUCCGUCAAAGGAUUCACUAUAGGUACUGGUUUAAAAGGUGGAUUAGCUAUUUUCUCAAUCGUCGCUCGUUUCGCUCGUCGUCGUAGAUCUACACUUCAAUCGAGGAAAACCGGAGAGUUUUCGAAUAGUGAAGCUAUUGCUAUGGGGAUUAAGGAGACAUUAAGAUAUGGAUUGUUCUUAGGAACUUUUGCUGGGACUUUUGUUUCAGUAGAUGAAGCUAUUGCUGCUUUUGCAGGAGACAAGAGGCAUGUUUGGAGGGCCCUGUUUGCUGGAUUGGUGGCUGGACCAUCUAUGCUUCUCACAGGGCCAAAUACGCAACAUACGAGUUUGGCUGUUUAUAUAUUGAUGCGUGCUGCGGUUCUUGCAUCGCGGUGCGGUAUUAAAAGUAAACGGUUUGGUACCAUAUGCAAGCCGCUUACUUGGAAACAUGGAGAUUUAUUCCUCAUGUGUCUCUCAUCUUCACAGAUUUUGUCUGCUUACAUUUUGAAACAAGAAAGUCUUCCUUCAUCGUACAAGUCUUUCCUUAACAAACAAGGUGGGAAGGAUCUUUCUAUCUUACAAGGCGUGAAAGAUAUCGCUAGCGCCCAACCGUUCACUAAUUUAAGAGCGAUUGAGAAAUAUUACAAGUCUGUUGGAGUUGAUAUCAAACUAGAUCCUAACAUGAAAGUCCCCUGUUCGAUAAUACAUGGAAAUGAGUCAUGUGUUAAGCACGGUAUUACAUUUUUCCUUCAAGCUUACAAGAGGGCGUUACCUGUCUAUGUCCCUGUCUAUUUGAUUCCAGCGCUAAUCGUUCAUCGUCAAGACCUGCUAAAAAAGCAAUACUCUAUACUUGGCAAGGGUCUUCUGGGCACAGCGAGAUCAAGUUUGUUUCUCGCUACUUACUGCUCUUCUGCCUGGGCUUGGACUUGUCUACUAUUCCGGACUUUUGAGACAUGCAACAUACCACUUGUGGCCAUAGCAACGUUCCCAACAGGUCUGGCUUUAGCUAUUGAGAAGAAAAGCAGAAGGAUAGAGAUAUCACUCUACUGCUUAGCGAGGGCAAUAGAGAGCUUCUUCACUUGUAUGACAGAUGCAGGAUACAUUCGACCGCCCAAGAGUCUAAGAAGAGCAGAUGUGGUUGUGUUUAGUAUUUCAACAGCCAUUAUAAUGCAUUGUUACGCACAGGAAAGAGAGGUAUUUCGAUCAAAAUACUUAAACGUGCUAGAUUGGGUUUUCGGUGUUCCUCCUCCUCCUCCUCCUCCUCCUCCUCCUUGCGAAACAAACUAGAGACAUUCACUCUCUAAUUUAUCGACUUCAGAGGGUAAAACAUACGUUAUCAGGAAGUUUGAGAAGUCUUGGAAGCUGUCAACUUUUAACCUAAAGAUCUUUGAUGUGCGAUAGAAUUUGGUGAUAGAAUGUUCAUUUAGAGUCUCUAGGAGUUUUGUUUUGGGUCAAUUUUGUAGACAACAAUCCAUUUGACAAUUUUGGUCCAUCUUAUGUGGACACACCAAUAUGUAAUCUGGACGUCUUACAUGUUCUACACAGUUAAAAUAAAAGAAAAAAUGUCUU